UUUUUUCUCUCUUACCAACCCACUUACGCGACCUUUUUUUCUCUUUCCUAUUUGACCCUAUAAUUUCUCUAAAACUUUAUGCAUAACAUAAUAUUGCGAUUAUUACAAAGCCAGUGAAUUCAUCCAAAAGAAUAGCGUUUACUCCGUUUAGUCCGUUAACCCGUGGCCGGAUUUUUACUUUUCCACUUUCUCACUUGCCAAGUUGCCACGCGCCACCAAAUACAGCCGAAUUGUCCUUUCAAUUCCAGAAUUUCUGAACUCUGACAAUUCAGCAUUUUUACGCAAAGCUUUCAAAUUUUUUUCUUCUACGUAUACAAAGUACAACUCUCAUGUUUUCAAAUUUUUUACCAAAAGGGUAGUAAUGAUCAUCCUCUAUUUCAAAAAAAUUCGAAAAAGUAAAACAAAAUGAUCAAAAUUGAAUGACUAAACGAUGAAGAGGAAGGAGUAUUGCAACAAUUCUGGACAAUUUUCCACAUUUUGUCCAGAAAAAUCAUCUGGGUUUAACAACCACAACAAUAAGAAGAUCAAGUAUUCAAGAACAGCAGCAAUAUCAUCUGGCCAACAAUUCCCGCUCACACAUUGUCGUUGCGGAGGAGGUUUCUGCAAAAUCAAAAUCACUCCUAAAACUCAGAAAUUUUUCUAUACUUGCCCAAAUGUUUACGAAUUGCACUGUGGGUACUUCAAAUUUUGUGAGGAUUUGAAGGAAAAAGAGAUUUCGCAUGAUCGUCCUCAGCCUAAUCCGAUUUGUUCAUGUGGGGCUGGAAUUUGCAGGGUUGAAACUGUAAGAGAAGGCCCUGAUUCUGGUCGAAAUUAUUUUGCUUGCAGAAUUAAAAGGGGAGAAGGUGCUUGCAAUUUCCGGCAAUGGCAGUGUGCCACUGCUUAUGAUAAUAGCAUAAGCAAUGAGAUUGAGAUGAUUUGCAAAGAAUUUGAAAAUGGUGAAAUUGAUCCUGACUUUCUCCCUCCUCUUGAGGAAGCCCUUGAAAUCAAUUCUUCAGGUGAAAUAUUUUCUGGAGACAAUGAUGCGCAUCAUAGUCCUCUACCAAGUCCCAGUAGCCCAUUAGAUGUGGAGGCUCUUGCACCAAUGGCAGGCUCUCGCUGUGUGGUGGUGAGGUGGCUUCCCAACAGUUGACUCUUCAUCAGAAAGCCUUUUCUUUUUGGGUUUUGAAGAUCUGGGGUACUGUCUCAUGGCGUGUAGUAGUGAAUAAUUUAUAAAACGGUGUUGAAGCUUGAUUUGUGAAGUUUUUUUUUUUUUUUUUCUUUUUGCUUUGCUAGGGUGUUAAAGCUCAAAACCAAUUAUGACAUGUUUUAGCUAAAGAACUUUGGGAAUGUACUGUUUUAUUGAAUAAUUAAACGAUGAGUAUGCAGUGUUAAAAGAAGAUGAGUUCUUAGUGUUUAAAAAAUUGAUAAGGUCGACAUUUUUGUGUACAAGUUUUUGGUGAUUGGUAAUUUUUGUUUAUUCUAAUGGUUUGGGUAAUCUUGUUUUCAAUUGAUGGUGAAUUUGUGCGAAUGUCGUAUGUUAAAUUAGGCAUCUUUGUCUUCUUUAUUAUUAUAUGCGUUGUAAUGGUUAGUUUGUGGUUGCUGUUCUUCCCUUUGUCGUGGUUUAUAUUUAUGAUGGAUGAUAUUAUGGAUAACAUUGUUCGCGUUGAUGUUAGUGUGAGUUGCGAUCCAACUGGUAAUGGUGAAGCUUGAGAGUACUUCAUGGGUGAUGAGUUUGAUACAGAAAUGAGAAAUUCAUCCAGCUCAGUUAAAGACUGUUCUGCUAAUUUUGAAUCCAACAAAUGAAUAGGGAGAUAAAGAAUUCAAUGUGCUGUAAUUAUACACAGCUAUUGUAAAAAGUUUAUGCCAAUUAACCAUAGUUACAACGGCGCCAUCAUGCCAGUAACGUUGUUAGUUCAACACAUUAACUCCAGUUAAAACUUACCCUUCACAGUCUUUGACCUGGGCUUGCUCAUAUUUGUUCCACCAUCAAAUCUAGCA